AUGUCCGCUCCAGCCAUCCUCAAGGUAAAGGGCGACAAGAUUGUCGACGGCGAGGGCAACCCAGUCCUCUUGCGUGGCGCAGGUCUUGGUGGAUGGAUGAACCAGGAAAACUUCAUCACAGGUUACCCGGGCCGUGAAUUCCAGAUCCGCGAGGCCCUCGAUGAUGUUCUCGGCCCCGAAAAGGCUGCCUUCUACUGGGACAAGUUUCUCGAAUACUUCUUCACCGAGUCGGAUGCCACCUUCUACAAGUCGCUUGGCCUCAACGCCAUUCGUGUUGCUUUCAACUACCGCCACUUCGAAGAUGACAUGAACCCUCGCGUCCUCAAGACUGAAGGGUUCAAGUACCUCGACCGUGUUGUUGAUAUUUGCGCCAAGGCCGGUAUCUACACCAUCCUCGACUACCAUGCGGCCGCUGGUGGCCAAAAUACCGACUGGCACUCGGAUAACCCAACGCACGUCGCCUCGUUCUGGGUCCACAAAGACUUCCAGGACCGUACCAUCUGGCUGUGGGAACAACUUGCCGAGCACUACAAAGGAAACCCAUGGAUUGCUGGCUACAACAUUUUGAACGAGCCUACUGACCCUACCCAUGUCCGUCUCCAGCAAUGGUAUGACCGUUGCAUCAAGGCCAUCCACGCCAUUGAUAGCGAGCACAUCAUCUUCCUCGAUGGAAACACCUUUGCGUCCGACUUUUCACGCUUUGAGGGUGACCUUCACGAGCGCUGGCCCAACUGCGUCUACUCUGUCCACGACUACAACCUUUAUGGUUUCCCCAACGCGACAGAGAAGUAUGUGAGCUCUGACGAGCAAAAGGCACGUGUGCGAAGAGGUUACCUGAAAAAGACGGCAUGGAUGCGGGAGAGAGGCCUCCCGAUUUGGAACGGCGAAUUCGGACCGGUGUACGCGCGCAGGCAAUAUGAUGGCGAGGAGACGGAUGAGAUCAACAAGAGCCGAUACCUGCUCCUCAAGGAUCAGCUCGACGUCUACGACCAGGAGCAAAUCAGCUGGAGCAUCUGGCUGUAUAAGGAUAUCGGUUUCCAAGGAAUGGUCCACGUUGGUCUCGACACGCCCUACAUGAAGCGCUUCGAAGCCUUCCUCCUCAAGAAGUAUAAGCUCGCCGUCGACGCGUGGGGUGCAGACACCAAGAGCGUCAAGGACACGCAAGAUAUGCUCGAGAAGUUUAUCAUCGACGCCAUCCCCGACCCAUCUCACCGCGCUCUCUACCCAGCACCCGUCUGGACGUUUAGCGACCGCAUUGGCCGUCUCUACCGCAACAUCAUGCUCGCAGAGUACAUGGUCCGCGAGUGGGCCGAGCACUUCCGCGGACUCGAUGAGCAGCAGCUCGACGAGCUCGCCGCUAGCUUCAAGUUUGAGAAUUGCACCAAGCGUGAUGGCUUGAACGCUGUCCUCCAAGAGCACCACAAGGUCGCUUCCAAGUAG